AUGCUGCGCUGGGGCAUUCUGGGCACCAGCUUCAUCAGCGACGUCGUGGCCAAGGCCAUUCUCGCCAGCGACGCCUCGCACAUCCAGGCCGUCUUUGGCCGCGACGAGCAGCGCCUCUCCGCCUUUGCCGACCGCUACGGCAUCGCCUCGCGGUACACCUCCCUCGAGGCGCUGCUCGCCGACCCGGCCGUCGACGCCGUCUACGUCGGGCUCCCGAGCCACAAGCAUGCCGAGGCCGUCAUCCUCGCCGCGAGAGCUGGCGGCAAAAGAGCCAUUCUCUCGGAAAAGUCGCUCGCCACGACCAUGACCGACGCGCGUGCCAUGAUGGACGCGGUGCGCGCCGCUGCCGCCGCCGCCGCCGACCAUGACGCCUUCUUCUUCCUCGAGGGCCUCAUGUACCUGACACACCCCAUCAUGGAGAUGCUUGUUGCCGUGCUGGCCGAGGGCCGGCUUGGCCGCAUCCGCAGCGUUUCGGGCCACUACGCCGCCAACAUUGCCGCCAAGGCCAACCCGCGCGGCCGCGGCACAAUCUACAACCUCGGCUGCUACCCGGUGUCGCUGCUGCACCUCGUCCUCGAGACCUGCUUCGCGCGCAAUGGUGGUGGUGAUGGUGAUGGUGGUGCGCAAGCCUGGAACGGCCGGCGCACCGUGCUCGGCCACGGCACGCUGGCCACGAGCGACGACGGCGUCACCUUUGCGCGCGACGCCGCCCUGACGGUGCGCUUCGAGGACGUGGACGUGCUGGCGACGCUGCAGUCUUCUGAUUCCUUUGGCAACGACUUUGCUUUUGCCAUUCAGGGCGACCGCGCGUCGCUCACGUUUGAGACGAACCCGUGGCUGCCGCCGGCGGGGGACAGCGUCUUUCGCAUCAAGACGUACAAGAGCGGCGCCGUGGAGACGGUGACGGUGCCGAGCAGCAUGGACGCGUUUGGGCACCAGAUCAAAAAGGUCGAGGCGUACGUGGCGUCGGGUGUCAGGGAGCCCGCGCGGCCGUCGCCGACCUGGGCCAACUCGCUCGAGAUUAUGGAGCUGUUGACGGAGUGGGAAGAGGAUAUUUUCAAGCGUCACGGUAAAGAAAUCCAAGUAUAG